AUGUCAUCUAUUACAGACGUAGUAGCUGUAACUCAGCUUAUUCUCUCUCGUUAUAUACUUCCCAUAUGUUUGAUACUAGGUAUAUUUGGUAAUAUAUGUAAUAUUUGUAUAUUUAUACAAAAAAAACUUCGAUCGAAACCAUGCGCUAUUUAUUUUAUUGCUGCAUCUUUUAUUAAUUUAUUAAUUAUUAUCUUUGGAAUUAUUCCAACUAUAGUUGCAUCAUAUAUAAUUGAUCCUAUACUUUAUUUAUCAUGGGCAUGUAAACUAAAAUUAUAUGGAUUACAUUCACUUUUAAUGAUGUCUCGUUCAUAUAUUGUUUUAGCUUGUAUUGAUCAAUAUAUUUUUUGUUCAUCAGAUAUUCAUGUACGAUUAUUUAGUCGUCGUCAAAUAGCAUUAAAACUAAUUUGUAUAGUACCCGUUAUAUGGAUUCUUAUACCGCUUCAUAUAUUAAUUUUUGUUGAUGUACAUAUACCUUAUGUUCGAUGUGGCCCAUCGAAUGCGUAUGGUCUUAUCUAUAGUAUAUAUUCAUUUGUUUUUACUUCGUUACCACUUAUUCUGAUGGUUCUAUUUUCAUUAUUAACAUUUUAUAAUAUACGACGAAUAAGUCGACGAAUUUUACCAAUUUUUAAUAACCGACGAUCUGUUGACGGUAUACGAUUUCGAAGGUAUGAUUAUCAAAUAAUGCGUAUGCUUAUUUGCCAAGUAAUUGUUUAUUUUAUUUCUACUAUUCUUCAUCCAACAAAUACAUUAUAUAGAUCAUUAACGAUCAUUUCAAAAGAUAGUCCAGUAAAAAGUUCAUCCCGUCAAGCUAUUGAAGACUUUAUUACUUAUCUUACAUGGAGCUUUUUAAUCUAUCUUAAUUCAUGUUCAGCAUUCUAUAUUAAUUUUUGUGUAUCUCAAGUAUUUCGAUCACGUUUUUAUCGUUUGAUAAAUUAUCUAUUGAGUUGGUUACGAUAUGAUCAAGAAGGACAAAGGCUAUUUGUUCAAAAUAAUAGACGUAUAUCCGUAGAAAUGAGAUCAUUACAAAGACAACAAUAUUGA